GUUUGAUGUGCGCAUGCCCAGUAACCCGGAUGUGUCCAUCCCCUAUCCUAAAUCUGACAACGAGACUUUUGUUGUUUUUUUUAAAAUAGUAAUUAUCAAUUUUCCACUAGCCAGAAAAGGCUACGGUUCAUAUGUGCAGUCAUGUCCUCUGAUCUGGAUCUUUCUCCUCCGGAGGUUCCUGAACCCACUCUCUUCGAGAGCCUCCUGCGUUAUGGAUUAUUUCUAGGGGCUAUUUUUCAGCUCGUCUGUAUUUUAGCAAUAAUCCUCCCCACAUCCAAGAGCCACGAACAGGUGGAGACGCCAGAGCCGGCUGACGCUCGCAGCUCGGAUCAGAGCCGAAAGCCCAAGGGACCCGUUCAACAAAUCCGGCAGAAACUGAAAAAGGAGAGCAAGAAGAAGAGAUAGAGAGUGUGUGAGCCUGUGUCUGACAGACUCACUAAUGAUGGAUUCACUCACAGCAUUAGAGGACGUGGAUCAAACCAGACAUUGCUCAGUUCAGUCGUUAGAUCAUCUGGUUUGAGUUUGGGGUUUACCAUGUCUUUCAAAACAGUGUUUGUAUGACAUGUCUUGUAUGUAUCAUUGUUUUUAAACAAUCAUUGUUUUUGUUUUUUUAUGCUAAUUACAAGUACAUUGAUAUGAAUAAACUGAUGACCAUU